AUCUUCCUCGCUCGCUUAGCUGUGAAGGCAAGCAACAUUUCAACUUCCCACACCACUGACCCUCAAAGGCUCAAAAACAUUUCAACCUUGGAAAUAUACUACUUCUUAAUAAUAAAAAUAAUAAUACUAAUAAAACUGCAAAGACAAAUAUUAUUUUCAUCAUUAAUUUUUUUCUUCUUCCUCUCUGUCAUUCGGUUAAUUAGGGUACACAAACAAUGAUGGCUUCAACAACGCACCAGUUUUAGCUUUUAAUUUUAAUUUAAAAUCAGAAUUGUAGUAGGUUGCUAGAAGAAUGAAAGACUAAGUUUGGGGUCCAUGCAUGCAAAAAAUGAUGAAGCCACCUUCAAACUCUUCCUUCCCUUCCUUUCUCAGAGUGAAGCCUCGUCUCUCUUCUUACCUCUUCACCCUCUUAUCUUUCAUUCUCUUCGCUGCCAUCCUCUAUGGCCAUGACUUCGUCUUCAUAUUUCGUCCACACCUCUACUCCAACGAGCACACAGCACAAACACUCUUCUUCUCCACACCCGUCGAUGUGAGAUCUCCACCAACCGAAGAAAACAAGACGGUGUUGACGAAAACGAAAAGGGAGGAAGAAGAACAAGAGUGUGACGUGUUCAGCGGAAGGUGGGUACGCGACGAGUUGACUCGGCCACUGUACGAGGAAUCGGAGUGUCCGUACAUACAGCCACAAUUAACAUGUCAAGAACACGGUCGGCCCGAAAAGGAGUAUCAGCGGUGGCGAUGGCAGCCUCACGGUUGCAAUCUUCCCACAUUCAAUGCCAGAUUAAUGUUGGAAAAGCUUCGUGGGAAGAGAAUGAUAUUUAUUGGAGACUCCCUCAACCGAAGUCAAUAUGUCUCUUUGAUAUGCCUUCUCCAUCAAAUCAUUCCUGAAAAUGCCAAAUCCAUGGAAACCUUUGAUUCACUCACUGUCUUUACAGCAAAGGAAUACAAUGCUACCAUUGAGUUCUAUUGGGCACCUUUUCUUCUUGAAUCAAACUCCGAUAAUGCUGUCAUCCAUAGGGUAACUGAUAGAAUUGUGAGAAAAGGUUCAAUCAAUACGCAUGGUCGUCAUUGGAAAGGCGCUGACAUUGUUGUAUUUAACACUUACCUUUGGUGGAUAACUGGCUCUAAGAUGAAGAUCUUGCUUGGAUCUUUUAACGAUAAAGUAAAGGAGAUAAUUGAUAUGCCAACAGAGGAUGCUUAUCGUAUGGCUAUGAAGAGUAUGCUUAGAUGGGUGAGGCUGAACAUGGACUCCAACAAGACAAGAGUCUUCUUUACCAGCAUGUCACCGUCUCAUGCAAAAAGCAUAGAGUGGGGAGGUGAAGCGGGAGGGAACUGCUACAAUGAAACAACAACAAUUGAUGAUCCCACAUAUUGGGGUUCUGAUUCUAAAAAAAGUAUAAUGCAAGUAAUCGGAGAAGUGUUUAGAAAAUCCAAAGUACCUAUAACUUUUCUCAACAUUACACAACUAUCCAACUACCGUAAAGAUGCACACACAUCAAUUUACAAGAAGCAAUGGAACCCAUUGACUCCAGAGCAAUUAGCUAACCCAGCUAGCUAUGCUGAUUGUGUGCAUUGGUGUCUCCCUGGACUUCCAGAUACUUGGAACGAGCUUUUGUUUGUCAAGUUAUUUUAUCCUUGAAAGUGCAUCAAAAUAAGAGAUCCUUGUUCGCUCGGUUCCUUGUGUGGCAUGAAAAUUUGUAAAUGGGAGGCUACAACCUACGAGCUUGUUAGAAAUGGUAAACGAGCAAGAAUGAAUGAAAAAAGAGGAUUUGUGUAGAAUAAUAGUACAUUAACAUUGAUGAAGGAGGUGAUUGUAUAUAUAAAAUUGAGUUAAUUAUUUUUUUCUUGUAAUUGGAUUGUCAAAUUCCAAAUUUUGCUAGUUAAUUGUGUCCACCAGCAUUGGUGCUGUGCUAACACAUAUAUUGAUGAAUUGAAUUGCUAUGGAACAUUUGUUUUAACAUUAUCAGAAGAAAGAUAUUUGCUACCACAAUUUA